UCAGAACUAACGAAUCCCUACACUUCCGUUACAUUUUAUUUGUGCUGAUCUCGUGAGAAAAAAGGCCAUGAAUUUGAUGAAAAAAAAAUCCGAAAUAAGGCCAAAUGAUUAUUUAAAUAAUUAAAUAAAAAAUAUUUGGUUUAAAAACGACGGCCGAAAAAUCGUAAAAAUUCCAUAAAAGAUGAAAAUAAUUAAAGUGAAGGAAUAAAGUGACAAAAAAUGUGAAAUUAAUCAAUUGCUCAACGGAUACGUGUAAGUUUAUUAUUAUUCAGUAAUCAAUCAACCACUUUUAUAUACAUUGUUGUACGUAUUACUGUAUGUAAUACAGUGUAAUACAAGUGAAAAACCGCGAAAUCCUACGUCACAAGAGUGACGGAUUAGACGUUAAAACUGGGACAAAGUGCAGUGCACUCUGGCAUUGCGCUUUACCCACCAGGUGUUUCUAUGCCGUAAUCUUCGCAAGAUUGGGUAAUACUCGUACCAUUGCACCUUGCUCUCAAAUACCUAAAGUAAAGGCACAAUCACUGUCUUGUGUUGAGUUGACAACUAUUUAGACAGUUCACAUGGAUUGACAUCAACUAGGUAGGGAGAUUAAAUGACGGAAUCAAGAGAAAUUUACGCUUCAGUAUAAUGUCAGAUGGAAUCGAUGGUGGUAGUGGGGAAAACGAGGUAGACUCUCAUUCCUCUGUACAUGCAGAACCUGGAGAUUCAUCAAAUAACAGGGAAGAUGAACAAAUAGAUGGAGAUAACGAAGCUGCACUCAAUACUAAUUAUGACAGUGGUGAUGGUGCAGUUCCAGUAUUCAGGUGCGAAAGAUGUGAUAAUUAUGAGACAAUUAAUAAAGCAGCAUUUUGUGCCCAUCAAGAUCAGUGUUUAACGGGAGCUGAAGGAAGGGAGAGCGUAGAAAGCAUAGAAACAGGAGAAAACGAUGGUGAUGGUGAUGAAGGACACUCAGGACAUCGAUCUCAUAGAAAAAUGUUUGAGUGCGACGUUUGUAAUAUGAAAUUUUCCAAUGGCGCCAAUAUGAGGCGACAUAAAAUGCGACACACUGGCGUCAAACCAUAUGAGUGUCGCGUCUGCCAGAAACGAUUCUUUCGAAAGGAUCAUUUGGCUGAACAUUUUACAACACAUUCUAAAACCCUGCCUUAUCAUUGCCCUAUUUGUAAUCGUGGCUUUCAACGACAAAUUGCCAUGCGUGCACAUUUCCAAAAUGAACAUGUUGGACAACAUGAUAUGGUUAAAUCUUGUCCACUUUGUAAUUAUCGAGCUGCCACUAUGAAGUGUUUGAGACUUCAUUUUUUUAACAGACAUGGAAUAGAUUUAGACAAUCCAGGACCAAAUAGUUCGAGUUCAAUAUUGAACAGCUGUUCUCCAGGGGAAGCAAUGCCUUCAGCACCACUCUCCGAUAGUGGGGACAGUACUGGAAAUCGAUCGGUUGACAAUGCGACACCGCCAAUGCACUUUCUGACUCCACAUGUGGAAAUUUCGAUUCCUUAUCCAGAACAGACAACUGAUCAACGUAAUUCCAGUCCCGCUCCGCUCAAUGGUGAUUGUCCUAAUAGUCCACAGAGUGCUGACAGCAACAGUAAUGCUCCCAGUAGUAGUCAUCAUCAGUUACCUAUUAAUAGUACAAUUCAUAGGAGUAUCGGAAGUGAAGAUUCAAUAACACCUUCAAUCUCAUUGAUUCCAAUAAAGCAAGAACCAAACAGCAAUGGGAUGGAUGAGAGCGGUGCUACAUCAAGUAAUUUACCACUUCCUUCAUUGAUCAAAGUGUCACCAUUAAAGUCACUUUUACGCGAUGAUUUACGUCGUAAGCUAUCAAACCCUAAUAAUAUUAAUAUUAAUAAUAAUGCUAAUGACAAUGGAAUUGGUAAUCCUCAUUCAAGAGGUGAACCCCCCACUUCAACGAGGCCGGAUCCUCGUUCCAGCGGUUUACAAUGCACUUAUUGCAGAAUCACAUUUCCGGAUCAAACAUUGUAUUUCUUACAUAAAGGCUGUCAUAGUGACAGUAAUCCAUGGAAAUGCAAUAUUUGUGGAGAACAGUGCUGCAAUCUUUAUCAAUUUAACUCGCAUUUAUUGAGUAAGAGUCACCAGUAACUUUUUUUUUAAUCAUCAUUUAUAAAUUAGAGGUUUAUUAGUAAGAUUCACCACCUGAUAUUUACAGUGUAAAUUAUGAAAGUUUAUAUCUUUCUAAAUUAUUGCCUCCUUUUUUUAGAGGCUUUUGAUGAAUUACUAUGCUAUUAUUGCCUCUAAUUAUCACAGGUGUAUCUUUGAAGUGAAUUAAUCAAGGAAGCUAUGAUGCUUAUCAGAGUAACUCUGAGUAGUAAUUUAUUUAAAA